UAUAAUGCCUGAUUUAUGUCUAGGAACUCCUCGUUAUCCUUGUGCUCAAGCUCAGCUAGAUUGGGAGCCAUCAUCUCCCCCCUCCUGGUAGAAUUGGACAAGGAGAAACCAAUGCUACCAGUUCUUAUCUACGGAGUAUUAGCAUUCAUCUCAGCUUUGGCUGUUCUCUACAUUCAUCCGGAAACAAAGGACUGUGAAAACCUUCCAAAUAGUUUAGAUGAGGGGGAGAUCAUGGCAACAAGAAAGAAGAAAAAUGAAGAAGAGAAAAAGGCAGAAAAUAACAAGGAAGAAAUAUUGUUUAGAAAAAAAACUUUGAAGAAGAUUGUUGAAGAAGAGAUGGAUAAAAGUGAAACAGAUGAUUAGGGAUAACAUGAGCGAUUAAUCUAAAUGCCCUCAAAGGCCAUAGCUUUUGGUCUUUUGAAUUCUGGGAUCGAGUUAAAGGAUUUAAUUUGAAGGAAGACAUCACUAGAAGUCUAAUUGAUAUGAUUUGGAUAUACGUGGUCCUAAACCUAGAAGGGAUAGCUAUAAUUCGGGGGAAUAUGUACUUAUCACAAUAAGUUUAAUAGUUGCCACAAUUACUCUAUUUUACUCAUAGGUUUUAACCUCUGGACAAUUACAAUCGACACUAAUGAAAGACUUUGUUUCCAAAUACAUUUUUUUAAAUGUUCACACAACCUCAAUUAUGAGGAAAUCAUUGACAAGAUCUGAAACCAAGUAUAUCUGUUAAAUUUGGUAAUUGUUUAUAUAAUUAAACUUUUUAUUUGCGAGUGCUAAGAUGUAAUUGUAAAAAAAAUUAUUGG